UUCAGAUAAAGCGAAAUUGCUCACAGAAUUGCCUUUGUUUGAAAAUAUUGUACACAGCAUUUUUUAGUUUGAUGCAAAAAAAAAAAAAGCCAACAAACCUUCAAUGUAUCUUUUUUUUUCCCGGCUGCUCUCAUGGAACGAAAAACAAAAGGAGCAAGUUUUUGAAAGAUGACGCGUUUGAGCUGCUAACCGCUUCUAAAUGUUUUUUUUGGAAGAAAAAAAAAAAUCAUGACAACAAUCUCAUUAAAAACGGAUUAAGAAAUUAAACUAAACUGUUUGCUCCUUGCUUAGUCAUUGUUUGACAGUGUUCAAUAGCAAUGAGGAGAAAUGUUGGACAAAUACUUUUAGUAACAGUUAUAUAUUUAGUUGCUAAUUUAAUUUGUUGGAAAACGUUGACGAGUGACUGAGUGAGUAAACGGUGAUUAAAAUGGGAGUUGUGUAACAGCUUAACUAGAAUGGAUUGCUAACCCACCUUUCAUGUCAUGCCAAACUAGUUCAUUUUAAUAUUUGUUUUACAAUAAGUAGGGAGCAAAUAUUUUGCUUUGCAAAUACCUGCAGCCAUGAUCUGGCCUCUUAAUUAUAUGUUGAGAUUAGUCGAUGGUAGGUUUCCCUUGACAGUAAAAGAAAAUAGCUGGCUUGGCUCCUUCCUGAGUUGUCACCUCACCAUGUUUUUCAAUGUCAUGCUUUCAAUUCCCUCCUCAGGUUUCAAUUCCAUUUCAACGUCCUAAUUUUCUUUUAGAUUUUCCAUAGAAAUGUCUGCCUUUGCAACCUUUAUUAUCGUGGCUGGAGAUUGCCGUGGUGUGGAAGUAGAUGUACAGUUGCCCUUUUUUUUGGUGCUAUCUAAGGUACAGAAAGACACACAGCAAACACGCGCACGCGCAUCCUCUGCACGUUUGUUAUCCUGGCAAACUCGAGAGCAGCUACUGGGAUUCCUUUAUAGACACGGACGGGUUGACUCCUCCAUUUUCAGUCUCUUUUUUUUUUGUGAUCAUCAGGAAUGCAAAGCAGCAUGGAGGCAAGCACCUUCUUGGUCUUGGAGAACUUCAUCGGAGGAAAGUUCACCCCGUGUCCGAGUCACAUCGACUCGUACGACCCGUCUACGGGGAAAGUGUACUGCAAAGUGCCCGACAGCGGCGAGCGAGAGGUGGAGGCGGCGGUGGCGGCAGCCAAGGAGGCCUUCCCGGCCUGGGCCGCUCUCAGUCCUGAUCAGAGGGCUCAGGUCCUCAACAAGAUGGCCGACCAGAUCGAGGCCCACCUGGAGGAGUUGGCGCAGGCCGAGUCCAAAGACCAAGGUAAGACGUUGACGUUUGCACGGACCGUGGACAUUCCCCGAGCGGCCUACAACUUGCGCUUCUUCGCCUCGUCGGUGCUCCACCACACCAACGACUGCAGCCAAAUGGACCACAUGGGCUGCCUCAACUACACUUUGCGCUGCCCCGUGGGAGUGGCUGGUCUGAUCAGCCCUUGGAAUCUCCCUUUGUACCUGCUGACGUGGAAGAUAGCGCCCGCCAUCGCCGCGGGCAACACGGUGGUCGCCAAACCCAGCGAGAUGACCUCAGUGACCGCCUGGAUGUUCUGCAAGCUGAUGCAGCAGGCUGGUGUUCCUCCAGGCGUGGUCAACAUAGUGUUCGGGACGGGGUCCCGAGCGGGAAACGCCCUGGUCGUCCAACCCGACGUCCCCCUGAUUUCCUUCACGGGCUCCACAGCAACCGCCCGGAUUAUUACCGAGCGCAGCGCCCCCUAUUGUAAGAAGCUGUCACUGGAGCUGGGUGGCAAAAACCCCGCCGUUAUUUUUGCCGACGCUGAUCUGGACCGGUGCAUCGAGACCACCGUCCGCUCUAGCUUCUCCAAUCAGGGAGAGAUCUGCUUGUGCACCAGUCGGAUUUUUGUGGAGCGCGGUGUUUACGCGACAUUCUUGGAGAGGUUUGUGGCCGCUGCCAGGAAGUGGAAGACCGGCGUGCCUUCGGACCCCGGCAGCAGCAAUGGCGCGCUCAUCAGCAAGGAGCACUUGGAAAAGGUGCGCAGCUUUGUUGCCCUGGCCAAAUCUGAGGGGGCCACAGUGCACUGCGGUGAAGGCGUAGACCCGCUGCAGUUGCCCGAGCGCAAUGCCGGCGGCUACUUCAUGGCCGCCACCGUGAUCUCGGGCGUCCCGCAGGGCUCCCGAGUCAUGCAGGAGGAGAUCUUCGGGCCGGUCACCUGCGUGAGCCCGUUUGACGGCGAGGACCAGGCGCUGGCGCUGGCCAACGGCGUGCGCUACGGUCUGGCGGCCACCGUCUGGUCCCGCGACGUGGCCAAGGUGCACCGGAUGGCGGCCGGGCUUCAAGCGGGCAUGGUCUGGUCCAACUGCUGGCUGGUCCGCGAUCUCAAGCUGCCCUUCGGGGGCAUGAAGAGCUCUGGCGUCGGCAGAGAAGGCGGCAAGGAUUCCUAUCACUUCUUCACCGAGGUCAAGACGGUCACCAUCCAAUACUGAAAGGCCUUGUAAGAAAGGAAAGCAGCAGGCAGCAAGACUUUGGCCCUUUUCCCACGUCACCGUGUUCCCCUUCCACACUGCAUCGUCGAUCCAAGUCCAUUAAAGUUCAUUGGCCCCGUGGCGCCGUUUGACUCGCUGACCUGAGAGAGGUGAAUAAAGCCUAACUUGCUACGUGCGGGAAAUAAUGUCACACGCUUGCUCUUCCUUAAAAUUGUGCUUUGCUUAUUUAACAAAAUAUUCAUCAGUCGAACGCAGUCAUCUUAACAAACGUGAAAAGACGUGACCUAUAGUCACCUGCUUUUCCCGUGCCCCACAUUGUUGACAACAAGUCUGAACAUUGAACAAAAUUCAUGGGGGGGGGGGGCAUUACACGUGACUCGAGUGAAGACUUGUUGACAUUCCUAAUUCUCCUCUUGUAUCCUUUUAGGGGGUCCAAGCAGGAAUUCACGUGUCCUAAUAAUAAGCCGGUAAAAUCAAAGGCUCGCCCAAAUCCCUCCGCUGCGGGGAAAAUGGAAAAAACAUUAUUAGUAUUUUUUUUUUAUAUAAACCAACUACUUAAAAUUCUGACUUCAUGUAAGUUUAUAACUCAAAAAUAAUAAAUUCAAAUUCACCUGAGAGAACAAAAAAAAUACAUUUCAAUUCCCCUUGAAAAAUAAUAUGAAUGAGUCUAGCCACAAUCAGCAUGGAAAACUACCUUGGUAACAUUCUGCAAAGUUCAUUCAACCCUCCGUCCAUCAUCACUAUCUGGGUCACAAUGAUUGUUUUCCCAUCCAUUGAUGUCAGUUUAGCCCCCCGCGCCUCAACGUCCUAUUGGCCACUUUGAGACACACCACUUUCCCCUGCAGAGCAAACAAGACGACUCUCUACGUACAAGAGAGUCACUGACCUGCCUGGCACUUAGUGUCCAAAGGGGGCGGGGCAUUAUCGUUAGCCUGCCUGAAGCAUUUCUGUAAAACAAGAAAAAAAAAAAAAGAAUCCCUUCCCACUACAAUACUCGGCCAGCCCAAA